AUGAGCUCCCCAAUUAUUGAUACUGAAACACAAAAUGAAUUUCGAUCAUUUUCCAAUCGGCAAAAUAUUCCGAUCAGCCAAUGUUUUUUAGCGACAUUGCAAGACCAGCUUUUCCAACAAGUCGAAACUCCACAACCACCCAUGCUUCAUCUUGAUGUAUACGACUUUUGCAAAACGUACUAUGAACUGUUGAUCCAUCAAGAAAACAACACUUCUCGAGAUCCUGCUCAGCUAAACAUUUCAGACCCAACCUCUGGCAACGUUGUUGCAACUUCAGAUUCUUUCGAGACAACAUUCCUGGAUGAACCACUUGUCAACGAGGUUGCUCUAUUUGAGGAACAGGAUGAAAUAACGGAACCACUUUUUGACUUGGAACCCUCUUCAAGUAAGGCUACCUCACCUGUCAUCAAUGAUCCUGCCCUGCAGCCAGAUCACAGUGCAGAUGCUUUGAGUGUAUAUAGCACCUCCUACCAAUCUGCAAAGAAGUCCUCUCCCAAUAACAACCCUUGUUUUCGUGAUUUCAUCAAUACCACCUUCACUUCCAGUGGAAAAAGAAUUGAGAAGAAGAGAAGGAAAAAGAUUCCAAAAAAACAACUAUCCAUGCAGUUUAAUUUCCCAAUGUGGACUUUCCACCUGUCCACAACCUGUACUACCAAAUCGAAAAAUGUAAAAUAA